AUGAUUGAAAGAGCAAGACUUAAAAAACUAAUACAGAGUGUAGAUAACAAGUAUUAUCAAGACUGUCUUGCUCAGUUUUCUAAAGAAGUUGAUGUUACAAAGUCAACUCUUUAUGAUGACAUGAUUUUUCAAUCAUUAUUGGAUAAUUUCAAUCUGAAACCUAUUCCAAUACCUACAAUUUUGGAACAAUCAGAGUUUAUUAAGAAAUCUCCGGAUGAAGCGAUUCCAAAAAUCCUCCAAUUUCAUAGAAGUAUUGAUGCAUCAUAUUUUAUGGUGAUGAUACAACUUACUAAAUCGGGUUUCGCAAAACUAUUUACGUGGGAUAAUAUGGUCAUGCUAUUUCCUGAACUUUAUCGAUGUUUGGCUUUGGCAUCUUAUCAAGUUGAUUUAAUUCCAAUUGCUUGCGGUAAAGAAACCGGAUUUAUACCAUCAACGUUUAUACGAUCACUUGUAGGAUUUGUUAAUAUGAUUAUUUUUUUACCAGAAGAAAAUGCUUUAUCUAUUGCAGUUGUUAUUCAACAAAUUACAAAACAGAUUGCUAAACAACUUAAAGAAGCAUUUGACAAAGGAGUUUGCAAGACAUUUAUUGACGAUAUGCUUGAUUUAUCUUCAUCAAUCAGUGUUGUUCUUUUCAGCAAGAAAUUGGGAAUGGAUUACGAACUAUCAUUUCUCACUUAUCUUAUCAAGGUAAAUUCUACGUUUUUGGCCAAUAAUGUCUUUCAAGACAAAAGAUUACCAUUUUUACAGGACUUUGAAUCAACUUUGGCCACGUUAUAUUCAAAUUCGCAUAUUACAGAUAAAACAGUAUCAUACAAAAUUGUUGAAAUGAUCUCUACUUUUCUAAAUAUGAAUUUAAAAUACGAAUACAACGAAAAAACAUCGAAGGUAUCAGAAUCCAUGUUUAAAAUCUUAUUGUACUUACACGAUUACAACAAUUGUGAUAUAAAUAAACUCGCAAAAGCCACAGCACAAGUUAUUAAAUGCCAUAUUUCAAAUUUAGUAAGCGUGAUAACAAUUGAUUACGGACAAAAUGAAACUAAGAGUUACGACCAUACAUAUAAGAUCGAGAGCACUGAUUUUGUUACAAUACAAACUAUAAAUAACAAUAUUAUCAAAGUUGACUAUUCAUCUCACAAUAUUUCAACCGAAACCGUUCAAAAUAUUUUUUCUACGAUCAAUUCAAACUUUUUAAAUUUAGUUUACCAAGUUGCUGAGAAAAAUUCAACAUUUUAUUGCGAUUUAAUAUCAGAUUUAUCAGUUUUUGUUAAAGAAAACCCCAACCCUGCCAUCCAAUUGUUCCUUGUUGACUUAAUGUGCCGUGCAAAACAAGAAGUUUUGUCAAUAUUAUUUAGUUCGAGGUUACCUUUAGAAUGGACAGCGAUUAUCAACAAGAAUUCGUUCUCCACGAACGUAAUUAUUAACAAAGCACCACCUUUAUAUGGCCAACUCCAUAAAAAAGUUUGUGAAAUAAUAGAAAAAUCUUUCCUCAUUGAAUCCAAGGAGGCAACGUCUCUAUCAAUGAUUAUGUGCCAAUUCCUACGCUCAAAUAUGCCAUAUCAUGUUGGUUCUAUCGUUAAAUUAUUUUAUCUCAUUUCAAAACGCAAUCCCACACAACUUUUAGAGGUUUUCCUUGAACUCCAGAUUAUUCCAAUGCUCAUACAAAUAGAUAUGAUCUACAAAUACCAGUUUACAAACGGAGAUUCUGAUCCAUUGCUAAUUGACAUACAUACUUAUAUACUUUUGACCUUUGUUGAGAUGACGAGGAUCACUGAUUUCGUUGAUAACCUUGCUAUCGAUGCGAUUUGCUCAACUUACGUCUUAUCUUUGAUGUUAGAGAGAAAAGCUGAGCAAAUAACCAUCGCGUUCUGUCGUAAUCUUCUCAAAAACCUCCAUUCAUCGGUUUUUAUGGAAAGAUUAAAGAUAUUUUUGACAGAUAUCUCUAAAAGAGGAAUUGAAUACAUAGAACCAUUCACAAACCUUUUAGAUAGUAUUAGAUCAAGUAUGCUUUCAGGAAACCAGUCUGUUUCUCUUCUUUUCAAGGAAUUAAAUUUCAUUGAGUGUAUUUGCAACGCUGUUAAUCAAUUUGCUGAAUACGAAGGUGAUCCAAACAUUUUCUUUUUGUUAGUUUCAGUUUCGCUGAACACUUUUAUGUCUUUUUGUCAGACAUCAAACGAUAAUUUAAUUUCUUUCAACAACGCUUCGAAAUUAUUCAACCAAACAUAUUGCAAAGCCAUAACUAAGACAACAUUGAACGAAGCGCUUGCUGAUCUAUUGAUUUCUCUUUGUUUAAACGAAACAACAACAUUUCAAACAGAAUCUCGGCCAAGAGUUAUCAAAAAUACUGCUGCUUUGUGGCUAUUAUACAAUCUCACAAAAUCUAGUACUCUUUCUGAUAGAAUUUUCGCAUAUUUAUUAGCAAUUAUUUCAUCUUCAGUAGAAAACUGCUAUCAUUGCUAUAUUUGUGGUUUCCUGAUGCAUAUAAUUAAAGAUAUGGACAAUUUUGCUCCAAAUAUCUUAUUCCAACUGAUAAUAAUCAUUGGAUCUCAUUUCUAUGGCAUUGGAGAGCUUACAGCCAUAUUCAAUCAGCUUAGAAAGACAGACCAGAAGUUUGCACCCCAUCUUUUCGAUGCAAUUUUCAACAUGUUCAAGACAAAAAUGAGAAUUCCUCUUUCAACAGGUUUUUACGUUGAAAAUCAGUCAACAAGAUACUUUACUCCUGCAUUUUAUCAGUUCCAUAGGUUCAAACUUAGUUUCUCUUGUUAUGUAAAACCGGAUCAAACGAUUAACGCCAUAAAAAUCUCUUCCACCCGCGAAUCCUUGCUUUUUACGGUCGGAAAGAAUUUAUUAAUCAGGUUAUUUUUCGAUGCCUCCGUAAUUGAAAGAACAUAUUCUCAUCCAAAGCCAUUGACGAUAAAUCAGUGGAAUCAAGUGACAUGUAUAUACGAAGAAGGAUUUAUUAAAGUCAUUGUCAAUGGAGUUACUCAUGAUCAGCCGAUUCAAUUUGAUUUCACAUCAGAUCCAAUAUUUUUCGAGCACUUGGAUAGAGAUAGAACUGUUGUACAGAUAGAAUCGAUAAGUAUUACCGAUAUUAUUUCAACAAAUGACCAAAUAAUGAUUUAUAACCAUUCUGUUCCUUUCCCAUUGUCAUUCUUUGACAUUCUUCCACUUGCUGGAGGUCCACAGAUCUUCCUUCCUUUCUUCGAACGCAUACAAGCCUCAAAUAAGAGACAAUAUUUAUUAAUAAAAUGUAUGCAAGUCAUUGGCGUGGCCAUGAGAGAAUUUGAGGACCAAUUAACUCCACUUUUCUUCAGAGCUUUUGGCCAUUUAUUGAAGCAAGUUCCAAUUGACUCCUGGACAGACUCAGCUGCUAAAGAACUGAAAGAAAUAGCAGAGAAAAUCAAUGAUCAAAGACUUAUUGUCGCUGUUCUUCAGUACGUUUUCUUGGAUAUCGCGAUUUGGCAGCCAUUGCCAAAUAAUUUACAAGAAAUCUUCCUCAAAGCGCUGAAAUCCAUAAAGAACAAGAACCCUAAUUUAUUCUUCAACACGUUUGACUUCGAAUUAGUCUUCUCAAAGUUCUUUAAUUUCCUUAAAACAAGUAACAGUACAUUUUUGGUCACAACGAUACUGGAAUUGUUAGUUACUUAUCCUUCUAUUAACACUAACUCCGUAAUGGCCCUUCUUUCUGUCAGUUUUUCCCGAGAAAAAUACGAUGAUAACGCAAUGAUGCUUACAUUUGCCAUACAGAACAAGUUUAUCAAGCCAUUCUUGACUGUCCUUGGUAAUUAUGGCAUUUACAGGCCAUUUAUUGAGUUAUCAUGCGAUGAAAAUGACAGAACUCGGUUUUGGAGCUUACAUAUCUUAUACCAGUUGUACAAGCAGCUCAAUACAGAACAAAAGAAUGACUUUAACAAGCAUAUUUUGUUCCUCGGCCAAGAAUAUCCGAUCCAAGAAGAAAAUAACAUCUUGAAUUCCAUUCUGGGCUUCAUAUUAGACGAAAUCAAGGUAUUUAACCAAUUUUCGCCUACAUGUACCGUACAAACAAAGAAUAAUUACACAGUUCGGAACCCAAUUUUCUUUGUUUUGUUCACAAGUAUCGCUGCAACGUCAAAACAAAAAUCGCAGACAUCAGCUGAGAUACUUAUAUCAACGAUUCAGAGUUCUAUGGAGUCAAGAAUCGCAUUAAGACAGAUUAAUCACUGGAUGUUCUGGUUAUCGCUAUUCUUUAAGGUAUUUUCCAACCAAGAGGAGUUCGGAAAGACCUUGGCGAUGUUUGCAAUCGAUAUCGGAAAAGAAUUUGACUCAUAUUAUUUCUAUUCUUUCUUAAUUUUGGCUUGUGCUAAGUACGGAUGGGAAUGGAGUAUCUGUGCUGGUAAGUUUAUACUAGAGUUACUCGAUAAAAUGUUCUGCAAGAACACAUUGAAAAUUGUAUUUCUUUAUUUGACGUUGCCUCAUCAAUUUAUGAUUGACCAAAAGCUCAAUUUCGAUGAAAAGAACCAUCUCAUUGACUUAAUUAUCUGCUUCUUCUCGAAACAGCCAAUCCCUGUUUCAUUUGAAUUCAAAAACCACUAUACAGAGUGGAAUUCGAACUAUACAAGGGAUAUUUACACAUCAAUCCUUGCUCACGCUGUUUCAAAUCCGAAAUUAUUUAAUAUGGAAAUAGAUUUCUCAUCAUUCCAUGUUAUUUCACUGAUAAACAUCAUCACAUUGCUCAUAGAUCUAUAUUACGAUGUUCCAACUUCAUCAGCACCUAGUUUUUGCACUUCAUUUAUCAGUCAUUUCAUGAAUGUGAAGGAAAUUAAUGUUGGAUUGUACACAGCCUUGUAUUAUAUGUACACAAUAAAGAAUCUCCGUAAGAGCGACAAAGAACAGAUCAAACAAGUGUUCUUUAACCAAGGAAAGAACAUAAUUGCGAUCAGAGAAAUUGCUUUCAAGUCUAAAAGCGCUCUACAGCAUCUUUUCGAAACAAUUAUCCCUGAUUUCCAAGCAACCGUCACUAAAAUGAUCACAGAAAUCUCAGAUACUUCGGCUUUCGAUUUAACUUCUCACAAUUUUGAGAUGUCUCUCAAAAAGUUGAAAAGUGACGCAAAUCAUGAUUCUGACGAAUUCAGCGAACAACUUAACAAACACGAAGAACAGCUGAGUCGUCAGAAUGCUAAAGUAUGGAGUAGAAUCUGGAAAUCACUGCAAGAAGAUGGAGGACCAUGGUCAAUUGUUGAUCCUAAACAAUAUUGGAAAUUAGAUCCAACAGUUGAUGGAUACGGUAGACACUUUAGACUUAAAAAGAACAGACACUUUGAUCUGCAUGAAGAAGCAAGUCGACAAAGAGAUUCCGGUAUCAAAACUGUUGAAAAGAAACAGAUAGAACCAUUUCAGUUAUAUGCACCGAAAGAAAUCCAAUUUGAACAAUUGACUUUCAUUCAUUUCGAAUGUCAAAUGCUGACACAGACAUUGUUGUUCAAAGGAAAUCUCCAUAUAUAUAAAAACUCCAUCAUUUUCGAGUCAACAGAAGCUUUGGAAUCAACAGAAGAUGGUUUACAAAAAGGAAUUUUCAAAAAUAUUGUUCGAGAAAUUGAAAUUUCUGACAUUUUGUAUGUUUUGAAUCGCAGAUUUAUGCAUCAUGAUAAUUCAUGCGAGAUAUUUACUAAGAAGCGCGAAUCGUACUUCUUUAUAUUACCUGAAGGCGUGAGAUCCGCGAUCUACAAGAAACUCAAGCAAAUGAAUGUUUAUUGCCAAAUUGGAAAUGCUGCAAAAGUUUUGAAAGAUUUCAAAGUUGUCGAAAGAUGGCAAAGCGGAAAAAUAAGUAAUUACUACUAUUUGUAUUUGUUGAAUAUAAUUUCUGGAAGGUCAUUUAAUGAUUUGAACCAAUACCCUGUAUUUCCAUGGGUUCUCAAGAAUUAUACAAGUGAAACAAUUGAUUUGCAAGAUGCAAACAAUUACAGAGAUUUCAGUAAACCAAUGGGUGCCAUGGAUAAAGACAGAUUGGAAGGAUUAUUAAUGAUCUACAAUGAAAUUAAUGACCCAUCAAUGAAAUGCAUGUACAGAGUAUUCUACAGUUCAUCUGCAACUGUAAUUGGCUACUUAAUAAGAAUGGAACCAUUCACUUCACUUCACAUUCGACUUCAAAGUGGCCAAUUUGAUUUACCAGGAAGAUUGUUUUGGAGUCUUCCUGAUGCAUUUGAUUCUGCUUGUAAAGAGAGUGGAGAUUUCAGAGAAUUGAUUCCGGAAUUCUUCACUUUACCAGCUUUCCUUGAGAACCAGAAUCAUUUCGAUUUCGGAAUGAUCAAAUACAACGAAUACAAAGUUGAUGACGUCAAAUUACCUCUUUGGGCACAUUCCGCUGCAGAAUUCAUUCAUAUUAACAGGAUGGCGCUUGAAUCUCCUUUAGUUUCAAGCAGAAUAAACCAAUGGGUUGAUUUGAUUUUCGGAUUUAAACAGAGAGGACAAGAAGCAGAAAACGCUUUCAAUGUUUAUCAUCCGUUUUCUUAUCCAACUAUUUUGGAUAACACCAAAAUUUACAAUGAUUUCAAGAACGCUAUAAAUAACCAUGCAUUGAAUUUUGGUGUUGUUCCGAAUGUUUUGUUUGAUUCUCCAAGCCCUUCCAAACCGUUUGUUGCGAAUAGAGAGAUGCAAGGAAGUUUCUUCACUCCUAUAAGUAUCCAAAAUAUCUCUGAAGUCGGUUGCGUUUCUUUCUUUAAUUCACAAAUUGUUACUUCUUCAUUUGAUGGAAAAAUCAAUUUCUAUAAAAGAAUUGUUAAAAGUGAAGUGAAACAAAGAAAGAGUUUUCAGUUUAAUGAACAAUAUCUUCCAUGUUUCAUGACGAAUUCCGCUAAUAUUAGGAUAUUGUUGGCUCAUGAAUCAUUUGUGAUUUUGGCUCCUCCGACAUCGAACUAUUUCACGAUGUUUGACCUUUCAAGUUUCGAACCAUCGAAGAUCUUCAACUCCGAGAACCAUCCAGGAACGAUUUCCGCUUUGGCCUGCGACACGGACAACGAAAACAAACUUUAUGUUGCGUCUGCAGCGAGUGACAGUUCUUUCUUUGUUUAUAUCUUUGAAAUCUCGAAUUCAAAGUUGUUGUUGAGAGGAAGAAUGUCAUCAAUGUUCCAUUCGCAGCCGAUAAUUGAUGUCGACAUCUCUUAUAUCUAUGAUUUGAUCGCAACUGUUGAUUCCCAAAUGUUGGUGUUCACUUCACUUUUGACAGGAAAAGUAAUUAUCAGCAAAUCAUUGAAUUAUGUUCCAAUUUCUGUCAAAAUUACUGAACUAGGAUAUGUCAUUGUUGUUUCCAAUUCACAUGAAAAUAAUGAGGAUAUAACAGUGAUUGAUUUAUACGACAUGAUGUGCAAUAAAAUAGGAACGAAGAAGAGAUUAAGUAAAUGCACUGCACAUUGUUUGUUUACUGAUGAAAAUUCUCAGGAAUUCGCAAUUUUCGCUUUCUCUGAUUUGUCAAUGGCAAUAAUGAAUGUAUUUGAUUUCGAUACAGUUAUACAAGGUGAGCUUCCGAAAAUGGCAACAUCAAUCACAGCUGAUAGAGUUAAUAAUUGUGCUGUUUUCUCUUUGAUUGAUGGAUCUGUUUAUAUCUACGAUUUUAACUAA